AUGGAGGCCCCAAGCCAUGAAGCAAGGGAACCAGGAAAGUGUGAGUCUGUGACUAAAGCUGGUGUCCUUCCCAUGAUUCAGUCAGCCCCCAGCAACUACCAGUGCCCUGAAUGUGGGAAAAACUUUCGACGGAGCCCAAACUUGUUAACUCACCAGAGGACCCACACGGGCGAGAAACCUUUCCAGUGCCCCAUGUGUGGGAGAAGCUUUGCUCAACGGUCGAGCCUGACCAUCCACCUGAGGAUCCACACGGGGGAGACUCCCUACCCCUGUCCCCAGUGCGGAAGGUGUUUCCGCCAGAGCUCAAACCUUCUUAAACACAGGCAGCUCCACGAAGGGGUGAGGCCUCACUUGUGCUCCGAAUGCGGUAAAUGCUUUGCUCAGCGCUCCAACCUGCUCACCCACCAACGGAUUCACACGGGGGAGAAGCCCUUCCUGUGUUCCGAAUGUGGGCAAACUUUCCGGCAGCACCGCAGUCUUCUUAGCCACCAGAGGUGUCACAAAGGGAACGUGUCCAAUGGACAUAAUUGCCCCGAGUGUGGGAAAAACUUCACACAGAAUUCGGACCUGGUGAAACAUCUGAGAGUCCACACGGGGGAGAUGCCCUACACUUGCCUCUACUGCGGGAAGGCCUUUCGUUACGUCUCGAAUCUCAAUCGGCACAAACGAACCCACACGGGGGAAAAACCCCAUGCUUGCCGCCAGUGUGGUGAAUGUUUCAGCCAUUUGUCCAGCCGGAAUAUGCACGAGAGAAUUCACACAGGCGAAAAGCCCUUUGGCUGUGCUGAGUGUGGGAAGAUGUUCAUUUCCAGCUCUAAGCUCUCUCAGCAUCUGAAAAUCCACACCGGAGAAAAGCCGUAUCACUGCCAGGAGUGUGGGAAAAGCUUUAACCAGAGCUCGGCCCUCACUCAACAUCAGAGGAUUCACACUGGAGAGAAGCCCUACGGCUGUGUCAGUUGUGGCAAAAGAUUCAGUCAAAGCUCCGCUCUGACCCAGCACCAGAGGAUCCAUACUGGGGAGAGGGCCUACGCCUGCCUCGACUGCGGGAAGAGCUUCAUUUACCAGUCAGCUCUGAUUCGGCAUCGGCGAAUCCACACGGGAGAGAAGGUGAAACGGCCACUUAUCUGUCACGUCUGUGGGAAGAACUUCAGAUAUAGCUCCCAUCUGGUCAACCACCAGCGGAUCCACACGGGAGAGAAACCCUAUCACUGCACAGACUGUGGGAAAAAUUUCAUCCAGAACUCAGCGCUCAAAAGGCACCAGAGGAGUCACCGAGGUGACAGGCCCUAUCGGUGUUCAGAUUGUGGGAAAAGCUUUAGUCGGAAUGCCCAUUUGGCCAAACACCAAGGGAUUCACACUGGGUUAAAACCUUACGAGUGUCUGGACUGUGGGAAGAAAUUCAGCGUGAAGAUGAACCUCGUGAUUCACCAGCGAAUUCACACGGGAGAGAAACCGUACACGUGCUUGGAAUGUGGGAAAAGCUUUAGCCAAAGGGCUCAUUUCAUUAUCCACCGGAGAAUUCACACGGGAGAGAAGCCUUACGAGUGUCCAGACUGUGGGAGAGCCUUCCGUAACUUCAGCACCCAUCAAAGGAUCCACACCGGCGAAAAACCUUACAAAUGCCCUGAAUGCGGCAAAAGGUACGGGGCCAGCUCAACUCUGAGUAGACAUCGGAAAAUCCACAUGGAAGAAAAGCCUUACAAAUGCCCAGACUGCGACAAAAGUUUCAGUUACAAAGCAGAUCUCAUCAAGCAUCACCGUGUUCACACGGGGGAGAAACCUUAUGUGUGUGCCGAGUGUGGGAAAAGUUUUAGUCAAAGCUCCAAUUUUGUUACUCACCAGAGAAGCCACACGGGGGAGAAACCUUAUGAAUGUCCUGACUGCGGAAAAAGUUUUACUGUGAGCUCGAGCCUUAUCGAGCACCAGCGGGUCCACACAGCUGAAAAGCCCUUCUUGUGCCUGGAGUGUGGGAAAAGUUUUAAUCGCAGCUCCCAUCUCAGUGUGCACCAGAGGAUUCACACAGGGGAAAGGCCUUUUCAGUGCCCCGAUUGUGGGAAAGGCUUCACCAUUCUCUCCACUCUCAGUAAACACCAGAGAAUCCACACAGGAGAGAAACCUUAUAAAUGCCCCAAAUGUGAGCGGAGUUUUCGGGUGAGCUCCAUCCUGACUCAACAUAUUAGGACCCACACGGGAGAGAAGCCGUAUGUUUGCUCCGAGUGUGGGAGGAGCUUCAGUCAAAAAUCGCCUCUUAUUGCUCACCAGAAGCUUCACGGUCGUCAGAAAACCCGAUAG